AUGGUGGUGCUCAAGAAAAUGAUGAACGCGGGCCGGAAGAGCGGCAAGUCCAGGCCAAAGGUGGUGUUAUUAUUUGCUAUCCACGUCCUUCUGAGGCUACGGCUGGACUGCGACUACGAGGAGCUCUGCCAGAAGGACGUGUCCGAAGUCAUCCGGGCGCUCGUCUUCUACAAGCUGAUGAUGAUGUGGGCCACGGCCACCAUGGGGCACUCCGAGUUGGACUUGCGCUACCUGUGCCACGGCCACGUGGUGCACCGAGCCUCGGACACGGCGAAGGUCAAUCCCGCCCAGGCAGAUGACGCCGACGGCGGAGGGGGAAUCGGCAGCGACCCUGGGGACGCGCGGGGCGCUGCACCUCAGGAGCAGUGCUCCGACUCGCCUCGGCCUCCGAGCCCCGCCGCUCCGCUCGGGUCCUCCAGGGGCACCCGCCCUGGGCAGCCUGCUGGGAUCGGCCCGUCGCCCGGCGACUCGGCGAAGGACUCGGGCACGGGCCUCGCCGAUGACCUCGUCGCAAUCCUCGCGGAGAAGAGCCGAGCGCUGCAGCGGCGCAGGAGUCAGGUGCCCGCGGGAGCCGCCCAGCCGGGGGCGCCCGCGCAGCGGGCGGUGGGAUCCUCCGGGGAGCUGUUGGUCCUCUGCAGGUCGAUCCACCCGCUCUGCAGGCUUCUGCUGCGCAGCACGACUGUGCCCUGGAUCUUCCAGGUCGUGGCGCUGCUUGACGCCGUGUUCGGGUCGCUCAUGCUCAUGGCAGCCUUCUACGGGGCCAGCGCGAGCCCCAGCAUCCCCGAGUGCGCGGGUCCGGACGACGUGCUCGGGAACCUCUUCCGCGACAUGCUCGUGUCCCUGGGUUCUGUCGUCGUUGUGCUCGCCCCGCUGGCGAUACUGUCCCGGCGAGACCGCACGAUGCCACGGGUCAGCACAGACCGCGAGGUGCAGACGCAGCUCCGGAUGUGGUUCCUGAAGGACGUCGCAUGCAUAGUGGGCGGGUUACUCUGGUUCGCUUUCAGCGUUUUGUACAUCAUGCUUUUCCUGGCGAACGUGAGCCACAAGGAUGCAGACCACUGGCUGAUCAGCUUGCUAAUCCGCUUUGUAAGUACUUGGCUUCUGUUGCCAUUUAUCGUCACUAUCUUGUGGAUGAUCCUCAUGAAAUUUUUCGCCAGACUCAACGGGGGGAGUUUCAUCGAACGGAACAUCAAUGGGCUUUUGAGAGCAGUCAGUCGUGGUGAGGGCGGCAGAGCUCGGGAGCCUGCUCCAGAGGAUGUACCGAAGCCUUCCCUCCCCGUACCACGCGCCCUUCCAGAUCCGCCACCGCUUCUGCACGAAGGGGCCGACGAUAGGGGGGACUGGUCGCUGGAUGCAGAUGGCGCUGGAGUCGAUCCAGGCGAAGGCGCGGCACGGCUACGGACGCGCCUGGCUGAGCCCUCCGGCAGCGCGACUGCCACUUCGGAUAGCGAGGAGCAGUUCCGGCGGUGGGUCGACAGCGUGCGACUCGCCGCGGCCAGCCCGCCUCGGAUCGGCCAGGGGGGCCCGCGGCGCACCGAGCCCGUCGGCUGGCCACCUGUUGGCCCCAGGGGCUCGGGCAGCGGCCUGCCGCCCGGCUCGCCUGCGGCCUGGAGCCUGCCCCCGCCCCCGCUCCUGGACGCCCCUCGGCCCCCGCCGCCCUGGGCCGCCGCGGUGGACGCGGGAGGCGGCGGCCUGCCGCCAGGCCCCUCUGCGGGCUGGGGCCUGCCGCCCCCGCCGCUCCUGGAGGCCUCCCAGCCCCCGCCCGCCGGGGCCGCCGCGGCGGACGCCGGGCCCACUCCCGCCGGCCCAGAGGCCUGCGGGCCCCCGGCGCCCGGCCCGCCCGCGAGCUGGGGCGGGCCGCCGCUGCCGCUGCGCGCCGGGGAGGCCCCGCAGGGCUCGGCGCAGCGCCUGGCGCAGGCCGAGCAGCUGCUCGCCCUCUCCCCGAGGGAGGCGGCGCGCAGGAUGCGGAGGGAGCGGCCUUCGGAGGCGUCCCCGGAGCGCUCCUUGGAGCGCGCCGGCGCUGCCGCGCCUGGCGGCUGCGGCGGCCCCCCGCCCACGCCCGCGCCGGCCACCGCUACCCUCGCGCUGCUCGGCGACCCGACGCCGGAGGCAGCCCUGGAAACGCACCCAGAGCACCUGGAGAACCACGUGAGCCCGUGGCCGCGAGGGCUCGGCUGCGGGCAUGUUCGCCGCUGGUGGCUCUGGAUGUGUCCCGGCGGUGCCGUCGGUAUUUCUGGCAGCCGCCCGGGCGGCUUUUCGGGCUGCGCAUGGGAGGUCGUGCAUCCCGCGCUGGUCGUGAUCAGGACGGCGCAGUUGGGCUGCGCGAUGGGCAUCAGCGGCGUGACCGGCGCCAUGGCGAUGACCCUGCACGGCCGCCGCCGCCUCGCGGCCGGGGUGCCGGCGCGGCUUCUGAAGGAUGGAGGGCCAGUCGAGCGGACUCGGCGGCCCAUGGCCCACGGCACGCUGAGGGGCGUGCGCGGGGAGUUGCAGAAAGGCGUGCCGAGCUCCGAGCUGCUGCCCGCGGUGGCGCUCAUCGGCGGCGGAGGCAUCGUCGGCGGCGCCAUCGGGAAGGCGGUGGACCCCAUGGCGCUGCCGCAGACCGUGGCUGCCUUCCACUCCUUCGUGGGCCUGGCCGCUGUCGCCACCUGCCUGUCCAGUUACAUGAUCCACCCCCACGCCGGCAUCGGCCACAAGGUCGGCGCGAUGCUCGGGAACCUCAUCGGUGGGAUCACGGCCACUGGCAGCUUGGUGGCCUUCGGGAAGCUCAACGGGAACAUGUCCUCUAAGCCGCUCAGCCUGCCCAACAAGAACCUGAUCAACGCGGGCAUGGCCGGAGGACACGCUGCCAUGCUGGCCCUGUUCUGCGCCUCCGACUCCGUCGGCCUGGGCACGGGCCUGAUGUACGCGACCACCGCGCUCUCGGGCGUCCUCGGCUACCACCUCGUGGCCAGCGUGGGCGGCGGCGACAUGCCCUGCUGCGUCACGGUGCUCAACUCGUACUCCGGCUGGGCGCUGGUCGCAGAGGGGAUGCUGUUGGACAGCCCUACGCUCACGGUGGUCGGCUCCCUCAUAGGCUUCAGCGGCGCCAUCCUCACCAAGAUCAUGUGCGACGCCAUGAAUCGCGAUAUCCUGAACGUGAUCUUCGGCGGCAUGGCGACGCCGGCACCAAAGAAAAACCCGGACGGCAUCGAGGAGGCCCCCAAG